AGAUUAAAAUAAAAAAUAACCUAAAUCCUUUCACUCUCUUCUCCAGUGAGACCCCAACAAGAAACGAGAAGCAGGGAGGACGUUCGAAUAUCCAUUUUCCGCAGCACGCAUUGGAACCCCUUUGUACAUUGUUGUUGCUGUUAUCUCUCUCUUGGAGAUGAAGAGUUUCAAGUGCAGUUGAACCAUAUCAGAUUUUUCAGUUGCAAACUAGGGUUAUUAAACAUGAACGUCGAUUAUUUCAAGCAGGACAUUGAUGAACUUAUUGGUGAAUUCACUCAGGACGAGUCAACAACUUUGGCUGAUAUGAAAAGAGUAUGGCUUUCUAAGAAGUUCUCCUACAUUUAUGAAGCUUAUCCAUCUAGCAACCUGGCCUUUUUUAUGCAAUCACUGUAUGGUCAUUGUAUAGGUUACAUGGUUGGUACUGCAUCUCUAUCACACAGAUUAGGUGGCCUUUAUUGCCUCUACUGUCUUUAUGAGACUCAACCAUUUAAACCCCCUUUUAAGGUCUAUCUAUCCCUUGGAGAAUUAAAGAAACUUAGAAUCCUUGUCGUAGAUGCAAAAGCAAACAAUAUUAAAGUGGUACCUGCUUUAGUAAAAAAAAUGCUGGAAAGAAACACGUUCCUUUUUGGCGCUGUCGACUUGACUGAAGGUUCUGUUACGGAGACAGUAAAACAACUCCAACAAUUACAGAAUGCUCGCAUUCAAGUUGCAUAUGAAAAGUUAUUUGAUAGCACUUCAAUCGACAACUAUGUCCACAUGGACCUUGGCUUGGAAGUUAGCCUGGACUUACUGAAGAAAAAGUCAUCUGAAUAUGCUAAGGCCAAGAAUGUAGCUAUUCAAGAGGCAAGCAAAAUUGUAGACGUCCAAAACAUAAAGCACAUAUCACAAGAUAAGGAACUGAUAGGAGACGUCGUGGAGAAGAUUGCUGAUGACUGGGUUGUCCAGAAACAAACAUUUUAUAGACAAACAGGAUUGGGGGAGGAUGAAGGAUAUGAACAGGAGCUGGAGCGUUUACUUCUAGAGCAGCAUCAGGAUGAUGGAGUCUCUAACCAAGACUGAAGACGAACAUCUGGAAUCUGGUUACUUGUUAUGUAUGGGGGAAUUCAUUAUUAUUAGCCCUGUUUGUGUAUGUAUACAUGAGAAUAUCAGAGGCGAACUUCUUUUCAGUUGUCAUUACUAUUUGGAUUGUUGAAAUACGAUAAAAUGGAAAAUAACAUGAUAGAACGUAUUAUAUUCCAUUUUAAUCCAUAAUCUCCUUUUCGUUUGCUAAUG